ACCGCCCCCCAUAAUAAACAGCAUCUGAUUUGUUCGCAGCGCGUUCCAGCGUCAUCUCGGACGUUUAAAAUACCUUACGUGUUUCCGGUGUCGUGGCGAUCAUACACAGAACAGUUUUACUUGUCACUCAGUUAGCCAUCUGAAAAACAACACAAACAUGAUUUCGUUAACGGACUCACAGAAGAUCGGCAUGGGGCUGACGGGCUUCGGCGUGUUUUUCCUCUUCUUUGGGAUGAUUCUGUUCUUUGAUAAAGCGCUCUUGGCCAUAGGAAAUAUCUUGUUCAUCGCAGGUCUCUCGUUUGUUAUUGGACUGGAACGGACGUUUAGGUUCUUCUUCCAGCGGCAUAAAAUCAAAGCCACCGGUUUCUUUCUGGGCGGUGUUUUCGUGGUGCUCAUCGGAUGGCCGAUUAUAGGUGUCGUCCUGGAAGUCUAUGGAUUUUUCCUCCUUUUCCGGGGCUUUUUCCCAGUUGCGGUUGGCUUUAUACGGCGGGUGCCUAUUCUUGGAUCUUUACUAAACCUCCCUGGCAUCAGAGGGUUAGUGGAUAAAGUGGGCGAGAGCAACACCAUGUGCUUCUGGCUCGGCGUCUCGCUGGCCAACCUUUCUGAACGACCGAUGAGAUUUUUGAUACUCUACCUGUGAGGAACUUCAAGUGUUUUUUUUUGGGACUGAUUACAAAACCAAGUCAGGCGCUGUUUUUGUUACUGCAUCACACAUCUCCCCCUGCAGGGGGCGACAGGGACCACUGAACCCCUAAAUGACCACAAGAUGGACAGAUGACGAAGACUCAUUGAAUGAAGCAUAACUGAAAGGAAUCACUUGGUUCUGAAUGAAGUCGUUACUGGGUUUUUUUAUGUGCCAACUGUUCGUGUUUUGCUUUUUUUAUUUGUCAAAAUCUAAUUUGGACUUUUUCCACAUGAGCGCCACCUAGUGGAGCGGAGACGGUUUCAUCUCUUCGUGCCCACGACCUACGGGACAUGCUGUUAUUAUACAUGACUGACUUGUUUAAGUAUUUGUAAAUACUUCAAAUGUGAGAAUAAUGUACAUUUUUACCAACAAAUCUACCAACAAUCCUGUUUAAUAAAUGGAUUAUAUAUCCUU